GCAACUCGCGAGUCUUUCGUUCUUUGCUUCCCUCGGCGAGAGAUGUCACGAAACUAGCUCAGCAGCUCGGCGUAAACAAUAGGCGCACUUCCUCCGACGUCAGACGGCAGUAUUUUUGGAAAGCAGCAUUCUUUUCACCCAGUGUCAACCCCUAGGAGCAUGGGGAUUGUGCCCUGAUUCAAAAUUCCAUCAGCCAGAAGCCACCGGCGAUAGCCGUCUGAUGGCGCAGCAGUCCGCCAGUCCGCCGAACAAGUACGAGUAGCACCGUAGUAGAAUAACACACAGCGCGACCAAUCAGAGCGCCAGACGAGAGUGGAAAAAUAUUCGCAGGCAUUGAAGAUCAGUAUAGCAGGGAUAGCCGCUUCAAACUCGCUAAUUAAGGUAUACAAGCGUCCAAAAGCGGCCGACGAGGGUGACGAUUCGUCCAGGUGCAAUCAUGCUGCUCACAUGCCAAUGUCUCAACGUGUCCAUCGUGAUCGAGGGCUGCGAGAUCGGCGCCGCCGACUUCGAACAACUCGGCAUCACGGACGUCGAUCGACAGGACCCCUUUUUCAAAAGUUGUGUUGGAAGUGUGGAACUCGGCGAAAUCAACAAGGAACAAGCCUCCUUAGUGCACAUCAGACAUAUCGGCGAGUGGUUGGUGCAUCAGUGCCUGAACUGCGAGAUGCACACGCAUGCCAUCCAUAAGGAGCGGCGUGGCAACUGUGUCAUCGUCAACUCUGAGUUGCUGUCGGACACGCAGCAAAUCGAGUCGCUUAGGAACAAUGAUGCCUUCUCUCCUGUGUUUAGAAUAGUCGUCAACAGAGACAUAGACCUUGUCUCUCCAGAGCCUUCUCUCAACAACACUCCUGCAGUGUCAGCCCUUCACCCUAUUGGUCCGCUCCAAGCUGGUUUGAUGGCCCUGCAGCAGAAGCUGAACGAAGCUAUCAGGCAGCAAACGGCCAACGUGGAGGAAAAGGUGCGUCUCUUCACCGAGCAACAGUAUGCUGAUCUGGAGGACUUCCGCAAGACGGCCCACGAUGACCAGAAGGCGCUGUGCAGGGUGCUAAAGUCAUGCCCCGCCCUGCAGAAGGAAGAGGAGGCGCUGACCGCCACCAAACCCCCGCAGCAGCCAAGCAGGGCUGCUGGUGCGUCCGUUAAGCUUGAGACGCCGCUCUCUGCAUUGAAACCAGUGAUGGUCUCUAAAGGAAAUGCCCUUAAUAAGACUAGGAAAUCUCUUCCGUUCGUGGUACCACUCGGCAUGGGAGAUGGAGGACUCAAUAAAUCAGGUGUGAUCCCUGGCAACAGGAAUAACCGAGUCGGGGUCCAGGGCUCGCUGGACACUGAAGGCCUUUUCGAUUUGGAAGGAAUGGAGGAGCCAUCGCAAGAGCCUCUGCACUCUGAGGAUGAGACUGACGAUACCGAUGUUCAUCUUAUUUCGCCGGGUCUAUCACCAAAGACUAGGAAUACUGAUGACAUUCUCUGUGCAGAAUCUGGAAGCCACGAUGAAGGCAUUCACAUCCCGAGACAUCGGUUUCACACUGUGGCUGCAAACAACCUGGCCCGUUCAUUGCCUGUCACUGUACCAGUGUUUCCCCAACAAAAUAUCGCCACUUUAAAUUUUGAUGAUGAGGAUAUGAAAGAUACUCCUCUGGACCCACAGGCCAUCGCAGCCUCGAUCAAGGCAUUAGCUAAAAGUGUGCAUGGCGAACACAACGUGUUUGGUGACCUUCCGAGGCCUCGCUUUAGUACCCAACUGUGAUUAUACUCUCCUCAGAUGAAGCAUAGUAUUAGCUCAGUUAGUUUAGUCACCUUGUUUAACACACAAGCCGCUUGUAUGUGCUAUUGUUAUUUUUGCUGCUCCAUAAGAUAACACAUCCAUUGUUCACUUGUUCCGCGUUCUGAGGGAGCAUCAAAAGUUACUAUGCUCAAUUCGUUUCAAGCAGCUGAGUUAUUUUUGCCUUACAUCAUCUGUGGAAACUGCAUUUUCUCUAGACGAUUAAAGUAAUAUUUUUCUGUAAGUCUUCUGCAUGUAGUUACAUUGCAGCUGUUCUUGAUUUUUUGGUGGUUGCACAAAGUUUUCUUUGUUUGUCUGACGUAAAGAUGAUGGAUCAAAUUGUAAAAUGGUUAAAUUUCCACGUCAAACUACUUGUUAAAUAGUUCCUCAACUGUCAGCCGCAAUUUGAUAUUCCCCCGACGACACUCUUGUAUAAUUUCCUACGUGAUUGGCAUGGAAUAAAAUGGAAUCGUUUUUAAAGAA